UCGCGCAUGCGCCGGCGGCUGCCGCCGUCACUGCGCAUGCGCCGACCGUAGCGCCGGGCCUGGAGCCGGCGCGCAGACAGAGCUGCCUGCCAGUGUCCAGCUACAAACUGCGGAGGUGGUUCCACCCCAACAUCUCGGGCAUCGAGGCGGAGCUCCUGCUGAUGGAGCGAGGCUUCGACGGCAGCUUCCUGGCCAGGCCCAGCCGCAGCAACCCGGGGGACCUCACGCUCUCCGUCAGGAGGAACGGCGAGGUGACGCACAUCAAGAUCCAGAACACGGGCGACUUCUACGACCUGUACGGCGGCGAGAAGUUCGCGACGCUGUCGGAGCUGGUGCAGUACUACACGGAGAACCAGGGCCAGCUGCGCGAGAAGUCGGGCGAGCUGAUCGAGCUGCGCUGCCCGCUCAACUGCAGCCAGCAGCCGGAGGCCGCCGCGUCCUGCACCGAGCGGUGGUUCCACGGGCACCUGUCGGGCAAGGAGGCGGAGAAGCUGAUCCUGGAGAAGGGCAAGAACGGCAGCUUCCUGGUGCGCGAGUCGCAGAGCAAGCCGGGAGACUACGUGCUCUCCGUGCGCACCGACGACCGAGUCACGCACGUCAUGAUCCGCUGCCAGGACGACACUUACGACGUGGGCGGAGGCGACCGGUUCGAGUCGCUGUCGGACCUCAUCGAGCACUACAAGCGCAACCCCAUGGUGGAGACCAGCGGCACCGUCGUCCACCUCAAGCAGCCCUUCAACGCGACGCGCAUCAACGCCAGCGGCAUCGAGAGCAGAGUCCGCGAGCUGCAGAAGGAGAACGGGCAGUCGACGGGCAAGGCGGGCUUCUGGGAGGAGUUCGAGUCGCUGCAGCAGCAGGAGUGCAAGCACCUCUUCUCCCGCAAGGAGGGCCAGAAGCCCGAGAACCGCAACAAGAACCGCUACAAGAACAUCCUGCCCUUUGACCACACGCGGGUGAAGCUGAGGGACGUCGAUCCGAGUGUCCCCGGAUCCGAGUACAUCAACGCCAACUACAUUCGGCCGGACGACGAGGCGGGCGACUCGGGGUGCGGGCGGUGCUACAUCGCGACGCAGGGCUGCCUGCCGGCCACGACGGGCGACUUCUGGGAGAUGGUCUGGCAGGAGAACACGCGCGUCAUCGUCAUGACGACCAAGGAGGUGGAGCGCGGCAAGAACAAGUGCGUCCGCUACUGGCCGGAGGAGGGGCAGAGCAAGGACUUCGGGCGCGUGCGCGUCCGCAACCUCUCGGAGUCGUCGACGGCCGACUACACGCUGCGCGAGUUCGCGGUUCAGCACGUGGUGGCAGUCGGCGACGAGCGUAAAGUGUACCACUACCACUUCCAGGCGUGGCCGGACCACGGCGUACCGUCGGACCCGGGCUGCGUGCUCAACUUCCUGCACGACGUGAACGCCCGGCAGGAGAGCUGCGGCCCGUGCGCGGGGCCUGUCCUCGUCCACUGCAGCGCCGGCAUCGGCCGCACCGGCACCUUCAUCGUCAUCGACAUCAUCCUCGACCAGAUCAAGCGCCAAGGGCUGGACUGCGAGAUCGACAUCCAGCGGACGAUCCAGAUGGUGCGGGCGCAGCGCUCCGGCAUGGUGCAGACGGAGGCGCAGUACAAGUUCGUCUACCUCGCCGUGCAGCACUACAUCGAGACGGUGCGCCAGCGCGCCCAGGCCGAGCAGAAGAGCCUCCAGCUGGGCCGCGAGUACACCAACAUCCGCUACUCGAGCGACGAGCUGCCGUCGCCGUCGCCCGUGCUGCCGCUGCCGCUGGGCGUCGGCGCGGGGGCGGCGCCUCCCGUCGUGCGGCCGGUGCGGACGCCCGCGAGGGCCGUGUCCGACGCCCACCUGCCCAGGCCGCCCGACGACUUCCCGCGCCAGAUCUACGAGAACGUCGCGGUCAAGGACCGCAAGCUGUCGGCGGCGUCGCUGGGGCCGUCCUCGACGCACCACAUCGGGCCGCCGCCGCCGAGCUUCGCCCCUCCGCCCCCGCCGCCUCCGCGCAAGACGUGA